AUGGCAGCGGAAAAGAGCAUGGCAGUCCCAGAGUUCCUCAGUAAAGCAGAGCUUUUAACAGGAGCAGAAGCUCGGCUGUACAGGGUGGAGUUCCUGGGGAAGCCGACUAUUGUGAAAGAACGGUAAAAGCGCUACAGACACCCGGUGCUGGACGAGAAGCUGACCCACCGAAGGACGGUUCAGGAGGUCCGCUCCAUACUGCGCUGCCGGAGGAGCAGGCAUAUCUGCCCCUUUAGUCUACUUGUGGACUACACUUACCACUGUAUUUUCUUGGAGGAAAUCGUGGGUUCCUCGACUGUGCGCGACCACAUCGCUGCCACUCGGCAGUCUGAUUGUAGCAAGGAGCUGGGGCUGGCUGAGAGGGUGGGCAAGAUCCUGGCCAAAAUGCACGACGAGGACGUCAUCCACGGGGACCUGACUACCUCCAAUAUGCUGCUGGAGCGCAGCCUGGAGGACGGGGAAUCCGAGCUGUUCCUCAUCGACUUCGGCCUGAGCUACAUCUCUGCCCUGACGGAGGAUAAGGGGGUGGACUUGUACGUGCUCGAGAAGGCCUUCCUCAGCACCCACCCGAACACAGAAGCUCUGUUUGCAAGGCUGCUGAAGAGCUACACGGCCGCGUCUAAGAAGUCCUCGGAGGUCAUUAAAAAGCUGGAUGAGGUCCGGUUGAGAGGGAGGAAGAGAUCGAUGCUGGGAUGAUGAUCCGUGCUGUGUUUAGGCACAAGCCUCUUUGGAAAUUCUGUAAUAACAAAGUUAUUUUGAAAUAAAGAGUGUAAUACAAGUUUUUUCUUCUCAUGGAAGGCCGAUAUAAUACAAAUAUGGACUAUGGACUAUGUACAUUUUGUAACGGUGUAUUUGUCUAGUAUGACAUAAAUACAUCAAUAACUAUCAGUUAUAUGACAAAAAUGGCAAUAAAAAAUGUCCUUGUAUAGUAUGCAAAAUCUAUCUUAAAGUAUGACAUUAUAGCAUGCUCUAAAAAUGGGAUGAAGAAUGUCAUUGUAUCCUGUGAUAAAAGCUUGAAAAUGA